AACUGUGAUUUUUUAGUGAUGUGUCUCGGUGUGAUGUUCACCUUCCAAUUUUGAUCACUCUCACUCCUUCCUUAUUUCUAUAUUUAAUCCGAAAGACGGCGUUUCUUUAAAUCCAAGAGUAUCGUUCAGUAAAAUCUCUUCAAGGGACAUUUUUACCAAGAAUCUGAUACAAACAUGGUUUGUGUAGCUGGUGAUGAUAGCGUUGACUGCGUAAUUCGCGAUUUAAGUCGCGGUUCACAGCCAAAGACAACUGUUCCGAUACGUCCAUCUACAACAGUCACAGAAAUCUUCAAACAUGUGGCGGGUCACUAUUCUUAUGAUCCUGAUACCUUUGAAUUGGUGCUCCAAACCUCAAGAAGCAAAGUGAUCCUAUUAAACGAAAUGAAGAACAAAACGAUGAUGGAGGCUGGCCUGGAUUUCGCAGCCGAUACAAGAUACACGAUAAUAGUGGCUGACCUCGAAGGCCUUCCACCUAGACGUACAACAACAACAACAGCAGACUCUGAAGAUGAACUUGUUCUGGGUACAUCAGCAAGUCCUACUUUGUAUGAUUUGUCUACCGGAAGUUAUAACUCUGCGCCAGUACCUCCUCCACAGCCAUCAAUUCAGGAGUGGCCUGAUUCGUUCACUUCUGAAAGUACCGUAAAGUCAGAGACCAGGCGUAGAAGAGCGGAAUGUAAUAAUCAAGAUAUCAUCAAGAUGAAACUUCGGAAUGCAAUUGCCCAUAUUAGAUACGUGGGACUUGUGAAUCAAGCUAUGACGUGCUACCUGAACAGUCUCCUCCAAGCUCUCUACAUGACACCCGAAUUCAGAAACGCCCUGUAUAACUGGGAAUUCGUCGACGGCUCUGAGAAGGAUGAGGCCAAAAGUAUCCCUUACCAAUUGCAAAAGUUAUUCCUAAAUCUACAGACAUCAAUGAAAUCAGCAGUAGAGACGACAUCACUGACAAAGAGUUUCGGAUGGGACUCCACUGAAGCUUGGCAGCAGCACGAUAUUCAGGAACUUUGUAGAGUCAUGUUCGACGCUUUGGAACAAAAGUUCAAGAACACCGAACAAGCCGACCUGAUAAAUAGACUCUAUGAAGGGAAGAUGAUUGAUUACGUUAAGUGCUUGGAAUGCAGCACAGAAAAGUCAAGAGAAGAUACGUUCCUGGAUAUCCCGUUGCCUGUCAGACCUUAUGGCAGCAACGUAGCGUACAACAGUGUGGAAGAGGCCCUUAGAGCAUUCGUACAACCCGAGACUCUUGAUGGAAACAAUCAAUAUCAUUGUGAGAAAUGUAACAAAAAGUGCGACGCCCAUAAAGGAUUGAAAUUUACUAAAUUUCCUUAUCUCCUUACCCUACAUCUUAAACGCUUUGACUUCGAUUACAACACCUUUCAUAGAAUCAAGCUAAAUGACAAAGUAACCUUUCCGGAUAUCCUGAAUUUAAAUUCAUUUAUUGCAUCAGCAUCGAAUCAAGAGUCUCCAGGUGGGGAAGAGGACGUAGGAUUGGGCGUUAAGUGCGAUGACAGUUCGACCACAGAUAGUGGAACAUUGGACGACGAAUGUCCACCUUGUGACAAUAGUAUGUCCAAUAGUAAUUAUUCUAACAAUCACGAUCAGGACGAUGAUGAAGGUAUCGACGUGAGUAACACACCGUCAACAUCUAACUGCAGUGUGCACAAUCAUGAAAAUGAGAAAAAUCGUGGAAAUCGUGCAGUGGGAAAAGGUCCUUAUCAGUAUGAGCUAUUUUCCAUAAUGAUCCACAGUGGUAGCGCUAGUGGUGGCCAUUACUAUGCAUAUAUUAAAGAUCUGAAGACACAAGAAUGGUUCUGCUUCAACGAUCAGAGUGUUUCGAGAAUAACCCACGAUGACAUACAGAAAACUUAUGGCGGGGGUCCAACCAGGGCUUAUUACAGUGGAGCAUACAGUAGUAGCACAAACGCUUAUAUGCUGAUGUACAGACAAAUCGAUCCAGCUCGAAAUACGUUGCCCAUGCAGGUACAAGAUUUUCCAGCACAUAUUCAGGAUCUUUUGAAAAAGAUGAAGGAGAGUGAAGAGAAUGACAGGAAGAAUCGCGAGAAGCAGAUAUCCAUGUGUAAGUUUAAAGUCUACUGCCAUCAUCCAACAGAAGAUAAACUUUUGGACAUGAAGCUAUACGUGCUGCAUGAUGAGACGUGGGCUGGAACGACCGAAAAAGCAUACCGAAAAUUCGGAUUGGAAGGUGUAGUAAAUCUAGAUCAGUGUAGGCUCGUUAGUUAUGAUCGUCGUAGUGAUCUCAUCGAGUGCAGCUUUGAAGGAAAAGAACUCGAAACUAUUAGCGAGAUAUGGAGAGGUGAUAAUCGUUUUGAUUUGCUUCUCGAAAUACGGAAGAAGGAUCAGAAAUUCGAGACUUACCUACCUGGUGGGAUUGCUCUCAAAGUAUUCGUUGUGGAUGUGCUUAAGAAGGAAAUAGUUGAUGGCCCCAUUAAUGUGCGAGGGUUAACGACGCAAACUGUAAAGGAGUUCAAGCAGCAAUUAGGAAAAAUCUUGAACAUGGAUCCAAAGCAGAUGAAGCUGGUCUACCAAAGAUUCUCAGGAAGCAAACCAUUGGAAAAUGAUGACAAUCAACUUCAGACAGAACGUUUAAUUAAUUCAGAUAAAAUUUAUGUAUCUACUAUGAUAGAUCCAGACCCUACAAAACCAUAUCAUGAAUCCGUAUUAAAUAAGAUCAUAGCAAACGGAGAACAUAUAUAUUUCUUACACAUCCAGUUGCCUGAUACUAGCAAAGAAAUAUUGUACGAGUUGAAUAUACCUUCCUUGGAGGAUAGACAGAAGGAAAAGGAAAAAGAAAAAGAGAACGAAAAAGAGAAGGAAAAAGAAAGGGAGGAAGAAAAACCUGUUACCAACGGUCCGUCAAAGUUGUCCAUUAACGAGCCACACAAGGAUACGAAUUUGAAAUGUAACAAUAAGCAGCCGAAAAUAGGUCCAAGUAAUGAGGACACGUCAGUAAGAAAUUCUAGUCCUCAGUUAGUCGAAACCGAGGACUGGUUUACACCAGAACAGAGUAACAGUGAGGAUAGUAGUCUAAGCGAUAGCGACAGAACGCUUGUUGGUGAUGCCCCUGAGGAGGAUGACUGUGUAUUAGCGUCAGUCGAUGAUUUUCAUAAUGUACAGACUUACGAGCGGCUUCCAUAUAGUCAGAAUCAAAUUGACACUUGGCGUAGCGAGUUCGAGUCUGAUUCAGAAUACUACUUCAAGGCUGUUCCUUACACAGAGAAUAAUCAGAAGAUGUUAAAAGUCUCAGUCGAUAGACGAAUGCAACUAAGCACUCUUAAGGAACAUUUGGAACCAUACGUAGGAGUGCCGAUGGAGUAUUUCAAAGUUUAUCGGCAACUCACUGAAAUCGGAGAGGCAGAAUGUCAUUAUCUAACAGAGCAGAUUCUUACCUUCGAUCAUGGAGACAAAUUAACUCUGAAACUUGGACGAGCUUUACGAAGUGGCGAAUGCAAAGUCAGGUUGUAUCAACUACUUCUGAACGCUACAGAGCCUUAUAAAUUCCUCUGCGAAUACAUCGCAUCGAGGGGUGCAACAGUUGCACAGACAAAAAGAGAAAUUUUAGCUGAAAUAAAAAGAAAGUGCGACCUUGAUAUACCAUACGAGCGCUGUCGACUUAGAAAGAAGAACUACAAAACAGCUGCAAGGGUCCUUACAGAUUUAGAGAAAUUCGAUGUCCCUCGCUAUUCUUGCCAAUUAGAAUUGAUAGUGCAAGAAUUGCCUGACAAGGAAGUUGUCACGGACCCUGAACAAAUGCUCAUCUUUGUCAGAAGAUGGUCACCAUCGAAAAUGCAAUUAGGCCCUUUCCAAGAGAUAGUGCUGAACGGAAACUCAAUUGAGGAGCUUAAAGAAAAGCUGUCGUCGAUAUCGGAAAUACCAGAACAAUUUAUAGAGGUGGCACAUGGUAAGGGUACCUUCCCCUGUGAAAUUUCUGUACUCAGGGUGCAAAAUGACCUCGAUUGGAACUACCAAACUACAGGCAUUGACGCUUGGCCACAUAGUUUAGAAGAUGGUUCAGUUGUAUUCUACAGGGAUAACAGAGAAGAACAGAAAAAUCUAAACGCAGAAGAACUCAAGGAAAUUGCCAGCAAGGAGAGUUUUCGUUUAAUGUCUCUUUCCUCCACAUCGAGUUACAGCCCGCGACGGGAAAGGGCGCUCAAGAUAUAUCUGGACAACAAAUGAUCCCCCAACAACAAUAGUGCAUUCGCUGACAAGCAGUUGCAGCGCUAAGUUAGGUAAUAACUAACGUGUUUGAAGAGAAUUAGGUAUUUUCGGUGCCUGGACUGGGUAUGUUAUUAAAAAAGAUGAAAAUGGGUCAGUUUGUUGAAGAUGACAUGCAUACACAUUAUACACAAAGUCCAUGUAUACCUAAUCGGCCCUUCGAUUAUUAAUCCUCUCACUGACAAUGUAGGUCCUAUAAUGGUGUUGUUCUUGGUUUUUGCAUUAAAAUUUGAUUGUUCUUUUAUGUGAGUGUUUCAAAGAUACAAGAUAGCGUGCUCGGGUAUCCCUUAGCUAUAUUGCAUUCAUCUGAAUCAAGUUCUAAAUAGCCUAAGAUACUCAAGGAAUGAAAUGGAAUCUCUAAGAGUUUUGAGCUAUAAUUAAAUAUCUGAGUAUUAGAGGUUAAGGAACUCGUUAUAAUUUUUAAUAUUGCACGUGCGAUCCUAUUCCGAAGAAAUCUCUUGCAUUUACCAGCAACUUAGCUUGGCAUUUCUUUGCUAUUCCAUGUUUAAUUUCUCUUUCGCUCUCAAUCUCAAUGCUUUGACUUCUCUGAGGAUUAAUGUCGAAGAGUCGUCGUUAUCAAAAAUCACUUCUUAUUUGAUUAUCGAACGGGCGUGCGUAUUGGGAUAGCCCGUCAUCUUCGUGCAAUCUAUUUCCACAAUUGAAAAUUCAAAAAAAAAAUUGUUUCUGCGCGAGCACGGUUUCGAAGAAAUCCUUUUACUACGGUUGCAAAUAAUCGAUUGCUGCAUUAUUUUGUGCAAUCGACUUACACAUGUUCUCGUGCCGUCUUUCAAAAUGUCCUCACGAUUAAUAGAUUAGAGUUAGGUUAUAUUUAUUGCGUAUUUGUUAUCCGAAAAUUGAAGCCUAGCUCGGAUCCGUGAAGGAAAAAAAAGUAUAAGUAUGCAUACGUUCCGAAAUUCACUUGUCAGUACACGAGUAUGUUGUGUUUCUGUUUACCUACGUAGAAUAGAGUAAGACACUACAGGCUUGCAGUUUUGGUCGUGAAUUUCAGAACGUGCCCCCCAAGUAGAACAAAUUAUUUUACUUUGUCCGCUUUAUUGCAAAAAAUGCUAUUUCGUGUUCGGGUAAUAAAUUUUGAGAUUUCUUCAUGUAAAUUUGUACCUAUAAAAAAAUUGCACUUCCACUACAGCUUGUUGUUGUCGUCUUCGCACUUGCCGCGUCUCAUUUCCUUAAAUCUAUUAAAACUAUCCGAACUAGGCUUUACCACACGAUUGUUCAAUUAUUGUUGUGUCAGAAUAACUGCUAGAAAAAAAAGGAUUCGCGUUAUUCGCUAGCGAAGAUAGCAACGAGCACAAGGAAAGGUGUAUCGUAAUCGUGUUUUUAUCCUUUUUGUGGAUAAGUUUCCUAUCCUAAAUCCCAUCCUUGUUAUCCCAUUACCCAACCUAGGAUUACAGGAGUACAGGUUCGCUUGAUACGAUAAAAGUUAAAAAAAAAAGCUCUAAUGCGCCAUUGAGCCACAACAAAAAAGAAACAAGCAGAAAACUUUAUCUUUUAGGACUCUUUCGCUCCUGUCUUUUAAUCUACCAAAUCUCCUCUAGCUCUGUAUCAUACACUGUAGUUAUGAAAAAAAAUUAUAUUUAUAAUUAUUAACAACGGAAUAAUAGAGUGACUGAAAUACUCUUUAAUACGGCGUGUGUGAUUGACCUGUAAAGUUUUCUUUUUAUUUUUACAUUUUACAUUCAUUCGCAUUAUUCACAUCCGUAAGCUUGCCAGGGAUUGCCGUCACGUCGAUUAUGACAAAUCAGGAUUUAUAAUGGACGUCAGAGAAUAAAAAAAUAUAUGUUUA